AUGGAGGCGGCGGCGGAGCGCGGCCGGGAAGGGGCGCGCCCGUCGCGCCUGCAGGCCUUCGCCCGCGCGUCGUCCCUGCACGGGGUGAGGCACGUCUUCCCCUCGGGCGCGCUGUCGCUGCGCCGCCUGCUCUGGGCGCUCGCCUUCCUGGGCUCGCUGGCGCUGCUGGCCCUCGUGUGCGCCGAGCGCGCCGCCUUCUUCCUCAGCCACCCGCGCGUCACCAAGCUGGACGAGGUGGCCGUGCCCAACCUGACCUUCCCGGCCGUCACCAUCUGCAACCUGAACGAGUUCCGCUUCUCCAAGAUCACGCGCAACGACCUCUACCACGUGGGGGACCUGCUGGCCCUGCUGGGCGCGCGGGACGAGCUCGGGCGCGCGCCCCCGCCCGACCCGGAGGCGCUGGCCGCCCUGCGCGAGAAGGCCAACUUCAGGGGCUUCAAGGCGCGCGCCUUCGACAUGGCCGACUUCUUCAACCGCACGGGCCACGACAUGGCCGAGAUGCUCUGGCACUGCUCCUUCCGCGGCGCGCACUGCAGCGCGCGCAACUUCUCCGUGACGGCCGUGCCUCGAUCCGCCGCCGCUCGCCCUGUGGACAGCCCAACGGGCUCGGCAGGUGGCUGCGAAUGCUCCUGCAAGCUCUGCGGGGGCCCUGGGGUGCUCGCAGCUCUCCAGAUGCCUAUACUGCAGUCGCCAGCAUGUGCCCACUAUCGGUCCUCUUUGCCCCACGAGGCGGCGAUAGCGCCAUGGCCCGGCUCCGCGCUCUGGGCGCAGCUCAGGCGUGUCUCCCGACGUGCCACACUUCCCACACUCUGGCUCGGCUUCCCGCCCGCCUUCCUGAGGCCUCGUGAUGAAUCCGCAGCGGCCUCAAUUGCCGUGAAUGAUUUUGCAUCUCCUGCAAAUUCGGCCACAUUUGUUGAAAACGGCAACGCUGCUGGGCAGCCCAGACAAAGCCGCCGGCAAAGCUCUGAGAAGGGGCCGUCGUGGCGCGAGCGGCGUCUGGGGCCACGCGGGACUUGCCGCCACCAGAUCCAGCGCACGGCCGGCUGCUCCGGCCCCUCCCCCAGGGCUCCCAGCCUGGCAGCCGGCCAGCCGCCACCGGCCGGCCUCCUUGGUCACCUGCGGGGCAGUCCCUCCCACCAGCUUGCUUCACCCCCGGCUCCCACACGUUCCCGAAACACGAUCGGCCCAGCCAGUGGCACGCAGAGACAGCUCUGCCCUCGGACGGACGGACGGACGGACGGACGGACUCCCGGGGACGGGGCCAUGGGGAAAGGCAAGGCGGGCGCUGCGGCACCCGGGGCCUCAGCCGGCCUGGCGGCCUUUGCCAGCACCUGCACCCUGCACGGCCUCAGCCACGUCUUCCUGCCGGGGCCGCUCACCCCGCGGCGUGUGGCCUGGGCAGCCACCCUCCUGGGGGCGGCAGGGCUCUUCCUGUACCAGGUGGCCGAGCGGGUCCAGUACUACCGGGAAUACCACCACGUCACCAUGCUGGACGAGCAGGAGGGCCGGCAGCUCCUCUUCCCGGCCGUCAGCCUCUGCAACUUCAACCGCAUCCGGCGGUCCCGGCUGACGCGCAACGACCUGCACUGGCUGGGCCGGGAGCUGCUGGGCGUGGAGCCCGCCGACCACCUGCGGUACUUGGGGGCGCUGGGCCGCCCGGAAGGGGACGACCCCCCGUUCGUCCCCAGCGCGCACUUCGACAUGCGGGAGUUCACCGAGCGCACCGGCCACGGCCUGGAGGACAUGCUCCUGGCCUGCCGCUUUGGAACCCGGGAGUGUGGUCCGGAGAACUUCACCGGGAUCUUCACCCGCUUGGGCAAGUGCUACACCUUCAACUCGGGAGCUCCCGGCCACGAGCUGCUCAGCACCGUCAAGGGCGGGACCGGCAACGGCCUGGAGCUGAUGCUCAACAUCCAGCAGGACGACUACCUGCCCGUCUGGGGAGACACGGAGGAGACCUCGUACGAGGCCGGCGUGAAGGUGCAGAUCCACAGCCAGCACGAGCCGCCCUCCAUCGACCAGCUGGGCUUCGGGGUGGCGCCUGGCUUCCAGACCUUCGUCUCGUGCCAGCAGCAAAGGCUGCUCUACCUGCCCCCGCCGUGGGGCGACUGCAAGGCCGGCCCCAUCGAGUCCGCCUUCUUCGCCAACUACAGCAUGGCCGCCUGCCGCAUCGACUGCGAGACGCGCUACCUGGCAGAGAACUGCAACUGCCGCAUGGUGCACAUGCCAGGCAACGCCAACGUCUGCACGCCCGAGCAGUACAAGGAGUGCGCCAACCCGGCCCUGGACUUCCUGGUGGAGAAGGACGACAAGUUCUGCUCCUGCCAGACGCCCUGCGAGACCGUGCGCUACGGGAAGGAGCUCUCUGUGGUCAAGAUCCCCAGCAAGGCCUCAGCCAAGUACCUGGCCAAGAAGUACAACCGGAGCGAGCAGUACAUCGUGGAGAACUUGCUCAUGCUGGACAUCUUCUUCGAGGCCCUGAACUACGAGACCAUCGAGCAGAAGAAGGCCUACGAGGUGGCUGGGCUGCUGGGCGACAUCGGGGGCCAGAUGGGGCUGUUCAUCGGCGCCAGCCUCCUCACCAUCCUGGAGAUCUUCGACUACCUGUACGAGGUGCUGCGGGACAAGCUGCUCGGCUAUUACCAGUCCAGGAAGCAGGCGGACAGGUGCCACAGCGAGAGCCUGGGCCCCUGCCUCGCGCUGCGCGGUCGCCUGGACCACACGGGACUCGCCCCGGACACGCUACCUCGUCACGCAACUCUAGGCCGCUUCGAGGAAUUCGCCUGCUGA